GCUGCCAGCCCGGCGCCGGGGUGCUCGGGGCAGGAGGGCACGCGGGUUUCGUCUCUCGUGCGGGGCGCGGGCUGUCACCCCUGCUGGCCCUCCUGCUGCGACUCGGCCCGGGCUGGCGGCUGUCACCCCGGCUGCCCCGAUCUCCUGGGCCAGCAGUGCGGCUCUGCGGGCACCGGACGAGGGUUUUCCCCAGGUGAGGGCCGCCCCGCGUUCUGUCCCGCUGCUCGCUCCCGUUACGUGGCACCCAGGGCGACGCGGGGCUCCCCUCACCCGUUCCUAUUCCUAACCUGACCCGUCUGUCCCAGCGGCUGCAGUGGCGUGUGCUGCACAGAGCUGCCGGGAGGGCUGGGCCGACCUGUGCCCGGGGUGGGAUGCUGUGAUGAGCAAGGUGCUGAGACCCGGGCCGUGCUGGUGGGGCUCCCCCUGCUCACACCUGCCCUCGCACUGCCACAGGGCUGUCUGCUAGGGCGAGUCCACCUCGUCCCCUACUUGCCUGCUGCCGCUUCUUCGUGCUGUGCCCGUAUUUAUCCAACACCGUGUUAAGGAGCUGAGAGGGGCCGAUCUACUGCACAUGGAGCCCUGCCGGCACGGGGCUGCUCCUCCAGGCUGCCCAAGCCCCUGGCAGCAGCAGUGCGGGUGGUGGGAAGGGGACAGGCUGAGUGGUGCUGGGGCAUGGUGCAGCCACCAGGGCAGCCGUGGGAGCAGCCGCAGCUGCGCAGGACCCCGGCAGAAGGCAGGGACGGGGUGCCGGCAGGGCCUGGCCCAGCGGGGAGCUCUGGUACGGAACCGGGCUCAGUCGCUUUCAGGGGCCCGGUUCCUGCUCAGGACAGCCAGGGGAAGGCAGUAUGAUGCGGGCAGGGCAGUGCGCAGUGCCCCGCAGGCAGCCCUGGACCGGUGCCCUGGCUCACAGCAGUGACUCCGCUCUUGUCCCAUCUCAGGUACGCCAUGGCACUCUCCAACAACCACAUCUGCCCUGUGCACAACUGGUAAGGCUGGGGGAGGUAAGGCCCCAGUAACACCGGGGGACCAUGGGUCCCCUCCAGACAUCACCUGCUCUGCCCAUGGGAUUUGGGUGCGGAACCACAUGGGGACGCGCUGCUUGCAAGGUUGAGCAUCGUGCUACGGAGCCUUGAAGGCAGCCAAGCAGGGCUGCAGCCAGCCCCUGCUGCACGGUGGCCCAGCCUUGCUGUCCUGCGUGCAAGGAGAAAACGCUAUGUGUGGAAAAAGCGUGAAACGAGCGGCCAGGGAGUUGCAGAGGGCCGUGUGUCUCCAUGGGGAAGGCUGGGCCCUGCUUGCUGGUGGCCAACCCGAUGGGGCUGCGGGGUGCACCUGGCCGUGCCUGGGCUGGGGAUGAGCGCUGGGAGGGGGACCUGCCAGGAACCCCCAUGCAGCUGUCAGCUCACUGUGCCGCCUGAAAUCUGCCCAGAAAACCCGAGUUAAUUUUCACCGGAGAGUUUGAAGGAGGGAAAAAAAAAAAAAGCAACCGCUGCCGUUUCCUGUCUGAUGGCUUACUCUGACUUGGGAAGAAUGUGUUUGUCUCUGUGGCAUAAACAGACAUUAAUGAUGAAUAAUGCUUCCGAACUUCAGGCUGCUUGCCUUAAAAAAAAAAAAAAAGAAAGAAAAGCUCCCAAACCAAACAGCACCACAAGGGCAGGCCUUGAGGCUCCACGCCUCGCUCGGGCUUGCGGUUGGAAAACAAAGCCACCAGUAAAUGAGGAGACAGAAAACACACAGCGGGACCGGCCCGGCCCUUCCCAAACCUCCAUCCUGUUUAACCAUGCGCUGGCUGAGCUGCUUUGGCUGCAGGAACUACAACCAGUCAUGUGGCCUUGACAGCCCCGGCCCCUGCUGCACACUGGAUCACAUCCCACUGGUCAGCAAGUGCGGCACCCUGCCUCCCGAGAGCUGCUUCUUCAGCCUCAUCUGCAGCCUGGGCUCCUUCAUGGACAGGUGCUGUCUCCAUCCUGCAGUGAUCCUGGUGGGGCUGCUGAGGUACGCCCACGUUCUGGAGCACGUUGGGCCAUCGCUCCUCAACACUCUGGGGCUGGCUGCCGGCUGGCUUUGCGCUGCCGGGCUCACCAUGGUGGGCAACUUCCAGGUGGACCACGCCAAGGUGCUGCACUACAUUGGGGCAGGAGUGGCCUUCCCCACCAGCAUGCUGUUCGUCUUCCUGCAGUCCGUCCUCACGUACCGUGCGGCCAAGACCCACGGGCACUACUGGACCGGCCACCUGCGCAGCAUCCUCACCGCUGUGGCCUUCGUCACCCUCAUCUUCAGCGGUGUGUUCUUCAUCCAGGAGAGCUUUGUGCUGCAGCAUGUGGCUGCCCUGUGCGAGUGGGUGUUCAUCAUUGAUGUCCUGGUCUUCUACGGCACCUUCACCUUUGAAUUCGGGGCUAUCUCCACAGACACCUUUCUGGUGCUGCUGAAAGCCAGCCGGGCCCCUAAGAGCCACAAAGGGGAGGACAGCCUGCCUGGCACAGAGGGGCUGCCCAUGCUCUGAGCUCCGUGCCAUGUGUGUCUCCCAACCUAGUGCCUCUGGAUGCAGCGUGUGUGUGCGUGGUGCUCAGUACUUGCCCUCCCACCGGGGGCUGCAGCCCGUGUCCCUGCCCUGAGGCCAGAGCUGCCAGGCAGUAGGACCAGGGAUGCCUCUUCUCAGCUGCCAGACACAAUCAGGGCCCCUCUGCCCAGGUUCUGGUCGAUAGCUUCCCUGGGAUGUCUCUGCCCUUUCCAUGCUCCUUAUCAACCAGCGUGGGAAGCCUUGCAGGGCUGCAGCUUCCCAGGGUCUGGCCAGGGUGAGUGAGUCCUGCGUGGCCCCAGCUGGCCCCUGGGCUCGUGGGAGGGCAGCGAGUGGGUAUGUGUGGACACAGAGCUACGUAUAUGUAUAUAUAUAUGUAUAUAUACACAUACUAUAUAGUUUUCCCUGUCCCUCGAGAGGGGUGGUUGCUGCUGCUGUGCACGUUGAUCAGGUCGUGCUUCCCGACCAGCUCACAAUCGGCCUAGAACCCACCGGUAUGUGUAGUUCAAAGAGGAUUUUUAUAUAUAAUAUAUUAAAAAAAAAAAGUUA